AUGUCUGUUUUUUAUAUUUUAUUUUUUUAUUCUUUAUUUUUUUUUUGUCAAAGUCCAAUAAAAACUUCAAGACACCCACCAACCUAUACGAAUUGUGUUACCAUGAAGAUUACACGUUCGCAGCGUACCAAACAUAUCCGACUAACAUUGAUUUCGUUAGUUAUUAUUCUGAUUUUUGUGUUAGUGUAUACCCUUAGCAAGUCGGCUGCUGUAUCCACCUAUUCCGAUGUGUCAAAAAUGAUAACUGACUUUGGCCAGAAGUACAACCCAGACACCGAAAAGAAUGACCAUUCCUCAAGUGUUCUGAAAGCUAACUCUCAGAAUGUGAAAGACACUAAAGGGAAUGACAGCAAACACGAAGUUCUGGGUAAUCUGCAAAGUGAUUCAACUGGACAAGUAACUUCCCAGAAUCCGGGGAAUUAUUUGGGAGAAAUUGAACAAAUGUCUCCAGAAGAACUCGAAAGAGCCAAAACAAUAAUGGAAGAACCAAAAGAAGGUGAAGAAACAACAACCAAGCUUGGUGUGCCUGACCCUAACAACUCCAAAUUUUCUCCUGUGACAAAGAACAAGCCAGAACUACCUCAAAUACCCCUAGUUGGUACAAAAGACAAAUUAAAACGGUUCAAAUUUAGAAUAUACUCCCAUAACGUGAAGAAUGGUGGUUACCACAGUCUAGUUCCAGGAGAGCAACAGUGGUCAGAUAGACUAAUUCCAUUGGUUGCAUCCAUUAAGUUUAAUACAUUCCCUGACAACUCAAUUGUCACAUUACAAGAAGUUUACAAAUUUCAGAUGUUGGAUAUCUUGAAAGAGCUUAAUCGACACGAACCUGGUAAAUGGGAUUAUUACGGUAAGGGAAGAAUCGAUGGGGAAGAGAUGGGAGAGUUUGUCCCAAUAAUUUGGCAACCUACUGAGUGGGAGUUAAUGUAUAGUGACACAAUGUGGCUCAAUGAUAAGGACCCAAGGACAUCAUUUGAGGGGUGGGACGCUGUUUAUGCCAGAAUUGUUUCAUAUGUCACCUUGAGACAUAAAGCAACCGAUAAUUAUAUCAACGUCUUCAAUACGCAUUUUGACCAUAUAGGACAGGAAGCACAAGUUGGAUCAGCAAAACUAAUCAUAGACACAAUGAAGGAGUUGAAUCUGUGGCCAAGUUUCCUAAGCGGAGACCUAAACAUAGAGCCCAAUCUGGACCCUUACAAAGUGUUGAAUAAUUACUUGCUGAAUACAGCAAACUUAGCUACACCUUUCAACAAGUUUGGACACUUCAAGAGCACAGUCACAGGAUUUGAAGGAGAAGUGUUGUUAGAUGGUGGUCAAAAUAUAGAUUAUAUUUUUGCACCUAAGUAUACUCUAAAAAUGGAUAGCGAUGAAAACACCAAAGGAGCCGGAGAACUAACUACAGACAUCAGUCUAAAGCUAUAUCAAUUGGGCAUGCUACAUUCAAAAUUUAAUGGUAAAUACAUAAGUGACCAUCGGCCAUUGGUUGCUGAUUUCAUUAUGAACUGA